GUCUGAGGUGGGGGUGCAGUAAAAAAAUGUCAGCAAGGCAGAGGACAUUGGUCACUACGGGCAGGGUAGAAGACAGUGGUCACUGCCGGAAGAGUAGAAGACAGGGGUCACUGCGGGCAGGGCAGAAAACAAGGGUCACUGCAGGCAGAGCAGAAGACAGGGGUCAGGCAUGCAGGCAGGGCAGAAGACAGGGGUCACUGAUGACAGGGCAGAAGACAGGGGUCACUGCAGGCAGGGCAGAGGACAGGGGUCACUGAUGGCAGGGCAGAAGACAGGGGUCACUGCGGGCAGGGCAGAAGACAGGGGUCACUGCGGGCAGGGCAGAAGACAGGGGUCACUGCUAGGCAGGGCAGAAGACAGGGGUCACUGCUGGCAGGGCAGAAGACAGGGGUCAUUGUGGGCAGGGCAGAAGACAGGGGUCACUGCUGGCAGGGCAGAAGACAGGGGUCACUGCUGGCAGGGCAGAAGACAGGGGUCACUGCUGGCAGGGCAGAGGACAUUGGUCACUGCUGGCAGGGCAGAGGAUAGGGGUCACUGCUGGCAGGGCAGAGGACAGGGGCAAAGCUCCUCCCAUCCCUGUACUGCACACAGCCUGGGCACAGGCAGCAGAGCUCCACUUCUUCCCACAGCGCUUAACGGAGAUCAGUAUAGUGUCAAUCAAGGACAGUAUAGUGUGAGGCUAGGGUGGUAAAGUAUCUGAUUAGAGUGGUAUAGUGGCAGGUUAGGGUAGGUUAGGGUUGGCU